GCCAUGGCAACUUCAUAUGGAAUGUUUACUUGCAUUCUGAGACAAAGUAGAAUCUUCAGUGAUUUCCAUAGAGCUGCUCAGUUUAAUUUGAGUUUUCAAAGAGGAUAGUUGUGAAAUAUGAAGCUGUGUAAUCUUUUUAGCUGCUGCCUACCAAUGCCCAAUGAGGAGUCGGAGGGCAAGACAUUGAGGUCAGAGGUGGAGGCAGAGAGAAAGAGAAAAAAGCAGAGGAUUGAGAAAGCAAGCAAGACCCUAAGCAAGAAAAAGUUGAGGAAGGAGGCCAAGCGCCAGAAGGAGAUGGCCGACAGGAAGAGAAAUGAGGUUGAAGAAACAAGGUUGAAGAACCUUGUGAUGGCCAUCCCUGAGGUGCAGAGUGCCGAGAUAGUAAUGAAGGAUAUGUCUCUGGAUGAGGGGAAGGAGAGAAGUGGAGAGAUGCCCAUCCACCAUGCUAAGAUGGCUAACGCUAGCACAGAUGCUAGUGAAGCAGUUGUGGUGGUGUCUCUGGAGAUGGCAAAUUCCAGCGCAGAUGCUAGUCCACUGGUUGAGUUCAGCAAAGAGGACUGCAACCAAAACCAGUCAUCUCUUGGCAAUGGGACACCUCAGCUGGCCGACGGGGACGGGAGGAGCCCAUCUCACCAGCUCGGUGAUGGAGACAGAGUGAGGCCUGUGUUUCGUCCAAGACUGGAACAAAUAUCAGCCGCGAGUGCGCAGCAAUGCCCAGCAGACCCUGCAGCAUGGGAGAUUUGA